GACAUGAUGUUUAGGCCUAUUGUGAACACAGCUAUUGUCUAAUAAUUUUUAGAUAUAUCUUUGUUGUAGGUUUACAUACUAUGUACCCAGCUGGUGACAAAAUCUCGAUCCGUUCCUCCAUUGCUUGCUCUUGGUUGGUGGGGAGCAUCCAAACCUCAGGAAGCACAAACUUCUGCUACAUCAGAAUCAAUAAAAAUGAGUCAGUUAGAACUUGAUAUAAAGACAGCAGAUGAAUUAUAUGAUGACAACAAAAUACAAGAACAGUACGAUCUACUUCUCAAACACAAAGAUUCACAAAAUGCUGAGAUAGAGUGGAGAUUAGCUAGAUCAUGUAGAGUGCUGGCAGAAAAUAACAAAGAUAAAGACACAAAGAAACGAUUGACAUAUAAAGCUCUGGAACAUGCUGAACUUGCUUUGAGGCUUGAUGACAAGAACUUUGCUUGUCAUAAGUGGUAUGCCAUUGCCCUUUCCAUUGUUGGUGACUAUGAAGGAACAAAAGCUAAAUUAGAAAAUGCAAAGAUCAUGAAGGAACAUUUUGAGAAGGCAAUUGAAUUGAAUCCAACGGAUCCCACUUCCCAGCAUUUACUUGGUCUCUGGUGUUUUACUUUCGCUGACAUGCCCUGGUACCAAAGGCAAAUUGCCGCUACUAUCUUUGCUGACCCGCCGGAAUCUUCAUACGAGGAGGCUUUGGGACAUUUUAAGAAAGCUGAAGAAUUACAACCAAACUUCUUCAGUAAGAAUCAUCUGUUGCUGGGAAAAACGUUUCUACGAGAAAACAAGAAGGAGGAAGCAAAACUGUGGCUUGAAAAGGCGGCGAACAGUAAUCCGGGUAUAACAGUUGAUGAUGAGAUGGUACGUACAUUGUUAGUUCUUGAUGAGGGACGCCCCUUCAACACGGUUAAAAAUUCGUCAGCUAAAACGACUAAUAACUAAUAGUAAAAAAGUAAUUAAAUUAAGAAAAAAAGGCUGCUUAUGUUGGUUUUGUUACAAUAACGUUCCUUUACACUCACUGAGUUCUCUUUUCACAUGCAUUUAACUUUUGAAGUAAUCUAAUUAAAUUCUCAAUGUCACGGUCUUAUUUGAUAACUUCUCUUGUAAAAUACAUAUUGAUUGACUCAUUCUCCCUGUAGUCAGUUGACUGGACUAACUGGAGUGUUGAAGGACAGAUCAUAACAGCACCGUACAGAAUCUGCUCUGCAGCUCUCCUUCCGGUGUCACACCUAAACAUUGUUUUAAUUUUUAUAGUAUUGUACAACAACCCGGGAACAUCGUGUCAUUCUACUCUUGUUUGUAUUUACAGGCACAGGAGGAGGCCAAAAAAUUGUUGAAGAGUCUAUAGACGGACUGACAAGUUAUUAUCAUUAAUGAAAAUGUUGCUGAUUGUUGGGUUAUUUAAUUUUAUAACGCUUGGUUGUUCUUGCAAACACAUUAAAAACAUGCCGUGAAUUUGA